AUGUGCAAAAGGAAGACGACACCCCCUUCUGGGCUGGUCUCCGUCCUCCUGGACCUGCCGCGAGACAGAUACCCGAGACCGACUCCUGAAGGCGACCACUUCGCCUGGUCCCCGAGCAUCGGCGACGGAAUCGUGCCUGAGACCUGUUGGGCGCCCCCUCCGCCUGACGCCAGCUGUGCCCCGGGCAGCUGCGGGCCGGACGAGGGCGGGGGGAGGGGGGGGCGGGGGUGGUCUGUCUUCAAGGAGGACACCUUCCGUCUGAUUCCCUGCCUCCAAGGACCACCUGUGGAUGACGAGCUGAUGCCCAGGUGCUUGCCGCUCACCUCCGUCUUAUGCCGCUCACCUCCUCAACCCAUCCUGGUGAAGAGGCGGUCAGUUAACGUUUUUCCAAACAGGUUGGUCGACCACGUCCCCCUCACCCCUCUCAUCACCUGUCUCACGCUUCUCGUUUAUUCUUCCACAGCGCUCCGGACAAGCCCAGUCCGCAGGGCUCUUGGUGCACCAGCCCCGCCUCCUGUAAAGCCUAUCUACAUACGUUGUCUUCCUUCCUCACCUUCCGUUUCCCCUCCAACCCACCGCUUCGUGGUCUCCUCUGGGCCGUUGAACUCCACCAGCUCUAAGGCCUGCCCGUCCAAGCGCCGUGUCCCCGCGAGUCCCAGGCUCGGCUCCCCCGUCCCCGCCCCCCCGGACCUUGUGGCCUGUCUGGGGGCUGCUCCCGGGCCUGUCUCUCUUCACACCUCUUCCCAUCCUUGCCGCUCCCAAGAGCCACCUCCCUCCACCGAAAACCAGACGGCAGGAGCCCAGGCGGCCCCGGAUCGUGAACGCCUGGACGGAGGAGGUGGAGGAGCUCCCCUGGAGCAGCACGCCUUCCGGAGGGUCACCCGACGUCUCGCGCCUACCCCGAGCUGCGACACUGCUGCCUGGAUUGGGCCGAAGCCAUCAUCUGGAAUCCUCCGCGGUCCAGGACCUCGAACCCGCCACCCCAGCACCCUCUAGCUCCAUAAUCGGCAAACUAGGAUGGAAGUGGCCUAGCUGGGGGGCCCUUCGACGGGCCAAGGAGAAAACGCGGGCAGUGGCACCAGCCUCUGAAACCGUCUCCGAGCUCCAAUAAUCUUCACUCGCCUCCCCCCUUGAAAUGUUCGAAUGGACAGAUUUUCUGUCUUCAAAGCUUCCGGCCAAAUCUCUUCAAGCUUUUUAUUGUUUGGGACUGGGACGCUUAGCAAUAGUGAUGGGUAGUUCCUUUUUUAUUUGCCUUGAAAGGCCAAAAUACAUUUUUGUGUGUGUGACCAUAGACUAAGCCGUCUGCUUUCAGAUGAACUCUGUGUCCGUCGGCUCCCACCAGGGAGAUUGUAUAUACCAUGUAUGUCUCUGUGUAUUCUUGGGUCUUGAAACAGGUUUCUCAUAGGGAUGACCAUUCCAAGGGAAGCGCCUGCUCCACCUACGGGCCUGGGGAGUCCGACCCCUGUCCGUGCAGGGUGUGAGCCCCGGGGUGGGGGUCUGGCUGCACUAACGUAUUCUGCCUGUGCCUGCAUCUGCCAUGCUUAUGUGUCAAGGACUGUGGGUUGUGUGCACUUUGGUGGUCAGCUGGGUGAGAGGGGGUGGGAGGUCAGAGAUACUGUGAAUGUCCCAUUGUUCUGGUUGGGAAAUCAUUUUGCUGGGCUCUGUUACCUGAUCCAAAGAAGCGAGUGGAUGAAAAAAUGAAUGCAGGCAUGAAAGAAUGAAUAAACAAAUAAAUAGUGUAAAGAAGUGUACCCUGAAUGAGAUCCAAUUGGAUACAUAGGAGAUCAAUAAAUAAGUCGAUGAAG